AUGGCUUCAGGAUUCCUAGACCCUAGAAACAGACCCGUAGCUUCUGCGUCGUAUUCUUUGUACAUUGCUGACGGGCGCUCACCGAUUUCCCCUUGUAGGGGUGUAGCGGCAGCGGGGCAUAUUCCUGAGCAUUUUCAGUGCACAGAUGUCUCGACACUCUCCCCUAGUUCGUGCGAAGCGACAGUCGCUGAAAACCCGGACGCGCACUCUACCUCAAACAGCGAGGAUACCCUGUUUGCGACUGGAGACUCUCGCCUUCCGCCGUUCUUUGGGGCCCAGCCGGUCACGGCGCCGCGCGACGAGGGACGGGUCGCGGAGGAGAGUCGAAGCGUCUCACUGACAGGCGGCAAUCCGGCAUCUCCACAUUCGGCCUUUCGACAGCAUUUGGCCGUUAAAAACACAGACACCGGACCCGUGGAGAAACUGCGGCGCGAGGAGAGACACUUUGGAACGGCGUUUUCCGAAUCAGUCGGGAGAGUCGGGGGGAAGGACCGAGACGCGGCGCUCGCCGUGGUUCUGAGGGCCCAGAUGGCGGCAGACAAGAGGCGAGACGCCGAAGAGAGAGCUCAACGCGAGAAAGCUGAAGUGAAGGCGCGCCAGUUGCGCCUGCAACAAAGUUUGUGCCAUAUUGAGGGCUUGAGAAAACGCGAAGCAGCCAGAUCCUUAGACGCACAGAUACAGCUGAGUCCGCCUCACAUGGACCGAGCCGCCGUAGCCCGCCUCAGUGAGGCCAACCUUCGCAUUCCGCCGCCUAGAGUUCCGUGCGUUGGAACGCAUGUGCCAGCUCUCCCGAGAGGCGCAAGCAGGUGUACCUACUUGGGGGAACACAACUGCCACGGGAACCAUGCGAAGAAAUACAAAUACGAGGAUCGGCGCCGUCCCCUCGUCCUUGUGGCUACGGCCAUGGCCGCGACCACCCACACGGGCGCGUUUCUGGAUUCGGGAAGAAAACUAACCUCCCGUUCGGCCCACCUAGGGGGGACGCCCUCGAGAGACCAGCACGCAGCAGUUCCCCGAAGAUAG